GUGCGGAGCCCGAUUGUCACUCAGCUCCCUCACCGGGGGCGACAGAGGCGCCAGCGCCCGGAGCACAGUCCUAGCCAGCUACCAUCCCCCUAACAGGCGGGUCUUGGAUUUUCCCGGUACUCCUGGAGCAAGCGGCUUCUGAAGGCGUCGAGCUGCGGUGCACUUGGGCAUUAGUGCUCAGGUGGUGAGGAGCUCUGCCAGCUGUGGUGACCUUGGGCUGGGCUGGGAGCGCUGCGGCGGGAGCCUGGAGGACGAUGAGCUGCCGAGAGGUGCCCAGAGCCCAGCCCUGCCCAGCGCAGCCCGGGAGCUCUGGGAAGCUCCAGGUGCCCGGAACUUUGGGCACCGCCUCUGAGACCCCCUGCCGAACAGCAGGCAGGAUGGUACCUGCCUCGCGCCUCAUGGUGCCUGCCUGCUGAUGUGCCCAGACUGUGCCCGCCAUGGCGCCUUCCAUCUCAGCCUUCCAGGCCGCGUACAUUGGCAUUGAGGUACUCAUCGCCCUGGUCUCCGUGCCUGGGAAUGUACUGGUGAUCUGGGCAGUGAAAGUGAACCAGGCACUGCGGGAUGCCACCUUCUGCUUCAUCGUUUCGCUGGCAGUGGCUGAUGUGGCGGUGGGCGCCCUGGUCAUCCCGCUCGCUAUCCUCAUCAACAUUGGGCCACAGACCUACUUCCACACCUGCCUCAUGGUUGCCUGUCCUGUCCUCAUCCUCACCCAGAGCUCCAUCCUGGCCCUGCUGGCAAUUGCUGUGGACCGCUACCUCCGUGUCAAGAUCCCACUCCGGUACAAGACGGUGGUGACUCCCCGGAGGGCCGUGGUAGCCAUCGCCGGCUGCUGGAUCCUCUCCUUCGUGGUGGGCCUGACCCCUAUGUUCGGCUGGAACAAUCUGAGCCAGGUGAAAUGGGACUGGGUGGCAAACGGGAGUGCGGGUGAGCCCGUGAUCAAGUGUGAGUUUGAGAAGGUCAUCAGCAUGGAAUACAUGGUCUACUUCAACUUCUUUGUCUGGGUGCUGCCCCCACUGCUCCUCAUGGUCCUCAUCUACCUGGAAGUCUUCUACCUGAUCCGCAAGCAGCUCAACAAGAAGGUGUCAGCCUCCUCUGGUGACCCGCAGAAGUACUACGGGAAGGAGCUGAAGAUCGCCAAGUCGCUGGCCCUUAUCCUCUUCCUAUUUGCCGUCAGCUGGCUGCCCCUGCACAUUCUGAACUGCAUCACCCUCUUCUGCCCCUCCUGCCACAAGCCCAGCAUCCUCAUCUACAUUGCCAUAUUCCUCACUCAUGGCAACUCAGCCAUGAACCCCAUUGUCUAUGCCUUCCGCAUCCAGAAAUUCCGGGUCACCUUCAUUAAGAUCUGGAAUGACCAUUUCCGCUGCCAGGCUGUACCCCCAAUUGAGGAGGACCUCCCUGAAGAGAGGCCAGGUGACUAGACUGCAUCUCUUACCCCCACCAGCUCUACAUCCAAUGGUCUCAGCCUGGUUCACGCCUCCCCGCUCUCCCACUUGUCUCCCCGAGCCUUUCCCCGGCUGGGCUGUGGAGUGUGGGUGUAGGGGGGAUGCUGAGGAGAUGUCCAUAGAGCAGGGGUCCCUCCACAGGGAGCUAACUGACCUGGACCUCUAGGUCCUGGAGGAAGUUUGGGAGGGCAGACCUGGGGAUGGAGCUAGGCACCCAAGGAGAGGAGGAAAGUGGCUUGAGCCUCCCCACCUGCCUGAACUAUGAGUAGUCCAGUGCUUUAGGGCCAGGCAAGUCCUGGGGAGACUGAGGCUGUAAAGCAGCCACCUAGGCGGGGAGCGGGUGCUGGGG